UUUUUAUAAGCAUUGUAAUAAUAAAAAUUGUUAAUAGUUAUUCAUAAUUUAACACUUAGAAUAAAAAUGAAGUAUUGGCAAUUGUUAUCAUUUUUGUUGGUAAUAACCUGUGUGAUUUUUAAUGAAGCAAUUCGAUAUUCAGGUGACGAUGAAAUAUGCCGAUUUGAAAAAGAUACGAAAAGAAAAGCAAAAGAAAAUGGAAUUUUGGAAUUUUUAAUAAAAGCUCGUGAAAAUGGAUGUAAAUGGAGUACAAAAACAAUAAAUGAUGCGGCUAAAAACGGAUAUAUAGAAAUCUUAAAAUAUUUACAUAUAAAUGAAUGUCCUUGGGAUGAAAGUACAACAGAAGCAGCUGCACAAUAUGGUAAUUUGGAAUGCUUGAAAUAUGCUCAUAUAAAUGGAUGUCCGUGGGAUAAAAGAACAACACAAGGAGCUGCUUAUUAUGGUGAGUUAGAAUGUUUAAAAUAUGCUCAUGAAAAUAAAUGUCCGUGGGAUGAAAGCACAACUCAAGCAGCUGCUUCUAAUGGUAAAUUAGAAUGUUUAAAAUAUGCUCAUGAUAAUAAAUGUCCUUGGGAUGAAAGCACAACUCAAACAGCAGCUUCUAAUGGUGAAAUAGAAUGUUUAAAAUAUGCCCACGAAAAUGGCUGUAAAUGGAAUCAAUUCAAUAUUGUAUUGACUGCUAUUAAAACAGGUAAUCUAGUAAUAUUAAAAUAUGCCCACGAAAAUUUAUGUGAAUUGAAUAAAGACGCUACUACUAUAGCUGCUUCAAAUGGUAAUUUAGAAAUUUUAAAAUAUUUACAUGAAAAUGAAUGUCCUUGGGAUGAAAGUACAUCAGAAGCAGCUGCAAAAUAUGGUAAUUUGGAAUGCUUGAAAUAUGCUCAUAUAAAUGGAUGUCCGUGGGAUAAAAGAACAACACAAGGAGCUGCUUAUUAUGGUGAGUUAGAAUGUUUAAAAUAUGCUCAUGAAAAUAAAUGUCCGUGGGAUGAAAGCACAACUCAAGCAGCUGCUUCUAAUGGUAAAUUAGAAUGUUUAAAAUAUGCCCAUGAAAAUAAAUGUCCAUGGCAUAGAAGAACAACAGAAGAAGCUGCUUUUAAUGGUAACUUAGAAUGUUUAAAAUAUGCCCACGAAAAUGGCUGUGAAUGGAAUCAAUUCAAUAUUGUAUUGAUUGCUAUUAACAAUGGUUACCUAGAAAUAUUAAAAUAUGCCCACGAAAAUUCAUGUAUAUUGAAUGAAUACGCAACUACUGCUGCUGCUUUAGAUGGUAAUCUAGACAUUUUAAAAUAUUUACAUAUAAAUGAAUGUCCGUGGGAUGAGAGCACGACAGAAGCAGCUGCAGAAUUUGGUAAUUUAGAAUGUUUAAAGUAUGCUCAUGAAAAUGGAUGUCGGUGGGAUUCAAGGACAACAAGAGCAGCUGCUUUUUGUGGUAGAUUAGAAUGUUUAAAAUAUGCCCAUGAGAAUAAAUGUCCUUGGAAUGAAAGCACCCCAGAAGCAGCUGCUAUAGAGGGUCAAUUAGAAUGUCUAAAAUAUGCUCAUGAAAAUAAAUGUCCAUGGGAUGAAAGGACCACAAGAAGAGCUGCACAUAAUGGUCAUUUGGAAUGCUUAAAAUAUGCCCAUGAAAAUGGCUGUAAAUGGAAUGAAUAUACGACUCUGGAAGCUGCACAAAAUGGUCAUUUGGAAUGCUUAAAAUAUGCCCAUGAAAAUGGCUGUAAAUGGAAUGAAUAUACGACUCUGGAAGCUGCUAUGAAUGGUAAUUUUGAAUGUUUAAAAUAUGCUCAUGAAAAUGGAUGUCCGUGGAAUGAAAACACAACUGAGUGGGAUCAAAACUAUUUUGUGUUAAGUGCUAUUGAAAAAGGUCAUCUAGAAAUGUUAAAAUAUAUUCACGAAAAUAUGAAUAAAGACGCAUGUGAAUUGAAUAAAGAUGCGAUUAAUAUGGCUUCUUUAAAUGGUUAUCUAGAAAUUUUAAAAUAUUUACAUAAAAAUAGAUGUCCUUGGGAUGAAAGAACAACAGAAGCAGCUGCUUCUAAUGGUAAAUUAGAAUGUUUAAAAUAUGCUCAUGAAAAUGGGUGUCCGUGGGAUGAAACCACAACAGAAGCAGCUGCUUUUUAUGGUAAAUUAGAAUGUUUAAAAUAUGCUCAUGAAAAUGGGUGUCCGUGGGAUGAAUCUACAACUAGAGCCGCUGCAGCAAACGGCUGUUUAGACUGCUUGAUAUAUGCUCAUGGUAAAGGUUGUCAUUGGUAUAAAGAUACGAUAGCUGCAGCAGCUGUGCAUGGUAAUUUAGAAUGUUUAAAAUACGCCCGUACACAUGGAUGUGAUUGGGUUGAAGGUACAAUGAGAUUGGCUGCAGCGAAUGGACAUUUAGACUGCAUUAAAUAUGCCCAUGAAAAUGGUUGUGAAUGGGACGAAGGCACAACAAGGGAAGCUGCUGCUAGUGGUCAUAUUGACUGUUUGAAGUAUGCACAUAGAAAUGGAUGUAAAUGGGAUGAAGGGACAAUGAGUGGAGCUGCUGCAAAUGGUCAUUUAGUCUGCCUAAAAUAUAGUUAUUUUAAUGGAUGUGUGUGGGACGAAGGGACAACAAGACUUGCUGCUGUAAAUGGUCAAUUUGAUUGCAUAAAAUUUUCUUAUGAAAAUAAUUGUCCAUGGAGUAGAGAUACUAUAUAUGAAGCUACUCAAAAAGGUUAUACAAGUAUAAUCAACUAUGCUACCGAAAAUGGCUGCCUUAAUUAAUUUUCUGUUGAAAUAUAAUUUUUUUUAUUUUAAUGAUUUAAUUUAGCUAUUAUCACACUAUUUUUAAAAUAAAUUAACUUGAAUUUCCAUGUGUAUCUUAGAAGGUAUUGAUUUUAAUAACAGCAUUUCAUUGUGAAUAUUAUGAAUUUAUAAAGAAUAUAAAUAUAUCGGAAAAUUAUCCGUUUAGUUGCUAA